AUGAAUGCUGGUGAUGCUUAUGAUGGGAGAAAUGCGUAUGGAGCGUAUAGUGGGUAUCCUGGAACUGGUCCUGCUGUCGCACAACCUCCAUAUGUAGCUGGUAUGACACAAUCACCAUCCGAAGGAAUAGCAGCAAUGCCUGCUGAAGGGAUGGCAGGAAUACCUGCAGCUGGUACAGCUCCUGCUGCACCCCCUACGGGAGGAGCUCAUCGCUCUCGACGUCAAUAUCCUGCAGAAAUUUUUGAACUUACGAACUCUCAAACCGUUCCCAUGACCCCUCCACCUGUAUCUGAGCCCUCAUAUGUAAUGGCUCGUACUCCUACCUUGUCCCCUUAUCCUGAAGCAGUACCGAAUACAUUGGCUACUCAGAUGGGUAACGUAAAUUUGGGUCCUGAUCCAAAUGCUGCUGCGAUGCCUACUUCCGAGCUCGUGUCUAUUGAUUUAUACAAUCAAACGCCAGACGUCUCAGAACUAUAUGCUCCGCCACCUCCUAUCAAUUUGCCAUUGACUUUUUCGGCAACUCAAGCUGAAACUUCCAACUGUCCUCCUAAAUACAUGCGCACAUCUCUAAAGGCUGUCCCUAAUACGAAUAGUCUUCUCAAGAAAUCCAAACUUCCUUUUGCCAUUGUUUUACGUCCCUAUACCUCGUUGCUCGAGGAAGACGAUCCUGUUCCGGUAGUCAGUGACACUAUUAUUUCUAGAUGUCGUAGAUGCCGCAUGUAUAUCAAUCCUUUCAGUAUUUUUAUCGACAAUGGACACCGCUAUAGAUGCAACUCUUGUGGUAUUGUGAACGAAGUACCUCAGUCUUAUGAUUGGGACAGCUUCAGGAAUAUCCAAAGAGAUAGAUGGCAACGUCCUGAACUUAACUAUGCCGUCGUUGACUUUUUGGCUCCACAAGAAUAUAUGGUCCGUCCUCCUCAACCUCUCAUUUAUGUCUUUUUAAUUGACGUUUCUUUUAUCUCUAUAUCUUCUGGUAUGGUAGCUACUGCUACUCGUACAAUCCUUGAAUCGUUGGAUCGAAUUCCCAACAAGGAAGGUCGCACGCAGGUCGCAUUUAUUGGUGUUGAUAGUUCUCUUCAUUUCUUCUCUAUCGCUCCUGGAGCUGAAGAAGCAUCCCAGAUGGUUGUUUCCGAUAUUGAAGAUCCCUUCUUGCCUCGUAAUCAAGACUUGCUUCUCAACUUACGUGAAUGCCGACAAGGAAUUGAAAACCUACUUAGCAAAUUCAAUAGUAUGUUUGCUUCCACUCGUGAUUCUAGCAAUGCUCUCGGUCCUGCCCUUAAAGCUGCUGAACAGCUUAUUGAGAACGUUGGUGGUAAAAUAAGCUGCUUUGUUUCGAGUCUUCCAAACGUUGGUUUCGGUAAACUUGGUUUACGUGAGGAUCCAAAAAUUCUGGGAACCAAUCGCGAAUCCAAUUUGCUUCAUCACCAAGACACAUUCUAUAAAUCCUUUGCUGUUGAAUGUUCUACAAACCAGAUCUCCGUGGAUAUGUUCCUUUUCUCUUCUCAAUACCAGGAUGUUGCUACUCUUAGCUGCUUGCCUCGUUACACGGCUGGUAAGACUCAAUUCUAUUACCGUUGGAAUGCCUCUCGCGGCGAAGAUGCUUUGAAAUUUGCUUCGGAAUUGAGUGAUUAUCUCAGCUCAGAAAUAGCCUUGGAAGCUGUCAUGCGUGUCCGCGGAUCCAGUGGCAUUCGUAUGUCUUCUUUUUAUGGUAACUUUUUCAAUCGUUCUAGCGAUCUCUGUGCAUUCCCGAGUUUCCCACGCGAUCAGUGUUAUGUAAUUGAGGCGGCCAUAGAAGACACAAUUACAAAGCCCUUUGCUUCCUUCCAAGCUGCAAUUUUGCAUACUACCGCCAGCGGUGAGAGAAGAAUUCGCGUUGUCACUUUGUCGUUACCGGUAACCAACAGCUUAACUGAGUUGUAUGCUUCUGCUGAUCAAUUAGCAAUGAUGCAUAUCCUUACAAUGAGAGCUGCCGAAAAAGCACUUUCGUCCAAUUUGAGCGAUGCUCGUGACGGAAUUACCAACAAGUUAGUUGAAAUUCUUGAAGUCUACAAGAAGAAUCUGGCUGGUCAGAACACCGGUGCAGCUCUUCCUUUGCAGAUCAGUACAAACUUAAAGUUGCUGCCUUUGCUUUGCUUGGGUUUGAUAAAACAUACUGGUUUCCGAAAAUCCAGCCAUAUUCCUUCUGACUUACGUUCGAUCGCCUUAUGCAACUUGAGCACUUUACCUACAUCUUUAUUAACACGCUAUGUUCAUCCCACGUUAUACAGCCUUCAUGACAUGCCUAUAGAGGCCGGAACUGUAGGUGAGGAUGGUGUCAUUCUGCCACCUGCUUUGAAUCUUACCUCGGCCAUCAUGCAAUCCUUUGGACUUUAUUUGCUGGAUACUCACUUCCAACAAUUUUUGUACAUCGGUAAAGAUGCUGUACCUCAGCUGGCUACGGAUGCUUUUGGUGUAUCUUCUAUCGCAGAAUUAAAGGCCGGAAGAUUCAGCUUACCAAUUUUGGAAAAUCCCCUUAACACUAGGAUGCAUGCUAUUCUUAGUAAAUUGCGCUCUUUAGAUAAGGGUACGACUAUCCAACCUAGUUUAUACCUUGUGCGUGGCGAUGGUGAUCCUCAGCUCCGUUCAUGGUUCUUCUCUCAUUAUGUGGAAGAUAGAAGCGAUGCUGCUCCUAGCUAUCUACAAUUCUUACAACUUUUGAAAGAAAAAGUUCGUGAUUAA